GGGUAGGUAAAGUUAUUCAGUGAAGAGAGAAACCCUCAAGGGUUUCGAAUCAUCUCUUAAAAAAUAAUUUUAUUUAAAUGCUUUUUAUUUUUAUUUUUAUUUUUUCUUAAGAUAUAAAUUCUCAUCCUUUUUUAUUGUUUAAUUUUAAAUGAAAAACAGUAUUAUUAAUUCUCUCUGUUUAAUAAUGAUAAGAUCUGAGAGGGUUUUUUUCCCCAUCAGCAAUCAAAUUCUUAGGAAGCUUAGGUGGAAGGACUGUCAGGGAUUGAGGCUCUUUUUCUCAGUCCUUCGUUUUCUGGUUCUGUUUAAGAGGGAGAGAUGAGAGAGAGAAUGAUGGAGUUGAACGUUUUUUCGACGGUGGAGCUUCAAUCGUGGUGGACCGAGAUCAACGAGUCGAGCAGCUGGCAAGAUGGGAUCUUCUUCUUCCUCUGUGCUGCUUAUGCCCUAGUUUCAGCUGUUGCUCUGAUACAAUUGAUUCGUAUUGAGCUACGGGUGCCAGAGUAUGGUUGGACAACACAGAAAGUUUUCCAUUUUAUGAACUUCAUUGUUAAUGGAGUCCGUGCCGUUGUAUUUGGAUUUCACCACCAAGUGUUUAGUUUUGAGCCAAAGGUGUUCCGCUUGGUUCUAUUGGAUCUUCCUGUAAUGUUGUUCUUUUCUACAUAUACUCUGCUUGUUUUGUUCUGGGCAGAGAUAUAUCAUCAGGCCAGAAGUCUUCCUACUGACAAGCUUCGCAUUGUUUAUAUCUCGAUAAAUGGUGGAAUAUAUUUCAUACAGGUCUGCAUCUGGAUAUAUCUGUGGAUAGAUGAUAAUGUUGUUGUGGAGUCAAUUGGCAGUCUAUUUAUUGCAGCCAUAUCAUUUUUCGCAGCCUUGGGUUUCCUGCUCUAUGGAGGAAGAUUGUUUUUGAUGUUGAGGCGUUUUCCUAUUGAAUCAAAGGGGAGGCGAAAGAAGCUUCAUGAGGUUGGCUCUGUGACUGUGAUAUGCUUUAUUUGCUUUCUGAUCCGGUGCUUUGUGGAUGCCUGGUCUGCAUUUGAUUCUCAUUUGUCUCUUGAUGUGAUGGAUCAUCCAAUUCUAAACCUUAUAUAUUACUUGUUGGCGGAGAUAGUGCCUUCAGCGCUUGUUCUUUACAUCCUACGUAAGCUCCCUCCUAAAAGAAUCUCUGGCCAAUACCACCCAAUUCGUUGAAUUGUGAGGUAUCCUUAGAUGGGACGAUUGAGAACUUAUCCCCAUCUCCAAAUGACUCUCGACACCUCUCCAUUGUAAGAAUUGCAUGGUGCAGAAGUGAGGCACAAGGCAUCAGGUGUUGGGUUUUUGCAUUAUGGGGUCUUCUGGUUUCUUGUGGUUUGAUCGAGGUGGAUUUUUGUAAAGUAUAUAUUUAGCAAAUGCAGAGUAUCAUUCUGGAGCAUUUGCCGGCACAUUGUGGAUGCAUCGGAGAAGAUUGUAUUCAUCAUUCAUUGAUGUGGUUUACCUACCCACAAUUUGUUCAAUGUGAGGUUUAACCUUGGCCACUUUACUGCUUGUUGAAAGGGUUUUAUGGAGUCAGCUUUCUCUCUCUCUCUCUCUGUCAAUUCUUUUGAAGGGGGAAAACGAAUGCAAGUUUUGAGUGGAUCAUGAUCAGUGCAGGAAAUCAACACUCUAAUCAUCCCUUUUGGACCUUUCCUUUAUUGCUUUCUUUUUUUCUGUUCUUUUUUUGGUUGGGGCAAUAUGUAUAAUGGCCAAUUGGUUGACCUAAAAUAUCAUUUAGCGCAGGCUUGAAUCUAUUGAAAUGAGUUUAUAAAUAAAUUGAUAUUUUCAUGGUUA